AUGGACAGCAAGGGAACAGCUCGAGUCCUGCAGAAGUAUGUGGAAAGGCCCUUCCUCAUCGCUUCCAGGAAGUUUGACAUCCGUUGCUGGGUUCUUGUCACGGACUGGAAUCCUCUAAGCAUCUGGUUCUACCAAGACUGCAUCCUCCGUUUCUGCAGCGAGCCUUGGAACCUCUCUGACGUCGCCAACCGUUUUGCCCACCUGUCAAACGUGUCUGUCAACAAGGUCAACUUCCGGGAGCACGACUCCUUCCAGCAGGUAUGGGCGUCGUGGACACUCGCUGACCAUCUGGCAAAAGAAACCGGAAGGCCGGACAUCUGGGAGAAGGAAGUGCUCCCAGCCAUCAAGCACCUGGUCGUUGCCUCCCUCCGCUCCGCUCAGAACGAGAUCCGUAACCGCAAGGGCUCCUUCGAACUCUACGGCUUCGACGUUCUUCUCGAUGAGUCGCUGCACCCUUGGCUUUUGGAGAUCAACUUGUCCCCUGACCUGCGACACACCACCGCAGUCAAGGCGUCUAUGAGCAAAGCGCUGGUGGAGGAUAUGCUCGCUGUGAGGAGGAGGAGGAGGAGGAGGAGGAGGAGGAGGAGGAGGUAUUGA